GUCUCACUUCCCAUAUAUGCUAAAUGCCAUAUAAGAGCUCCUGUCUGUUAAAGCUCCUCAUUCAGUCGACUUUUAGCUUCUAAAUGUGUCUCCAAUGGAUGAGAAGGAUUUACCACUAUCUCCGAGGGAGAAUGAGAUGCCGCCGGAGGAACAGGGGCUACAGCAGUGAGAUCUCCUCGCACCACGGCUUCCCACACAUCCAGGGACAUGGCACCUUCUUCUGUGGUGGGGAAGGCUCAGUCACGUACAACCGGGGAACUUCAUCCUUCGAGCCCAUGCCAUCAUCCACCUACAGUGUAUCAGGGGGGUACAGAUGUAGCGGUGACGGAUCUGUUGUAAUAUCCAGUGGUGACAGUGGGGGGACUGUCUGGGGAGCUUCAGGGGGGACAGUCCCUGUCUAUGGUCCUGGGCGAGGUAUAGGGUAUGGCAGUGAGGACUCAUGCAGGAGCAUCACUGGCAGCUCAGGUGGAGGAUCUGGCUGCCACAGUGAGAGAAUGGGCAUCACUGUGGGAGAAGGUGGUGGAUACGGAUACGAUGCAUCACCGAGAUGCAUCCCAGGGGCAGGUGGUGGGUCAGGGCACUAUAGCGGGGAAUCAGGCUAUAGCAUGGGGGGAUACUCAGGCCCAGAGCUCAGCUCUGGAGGUGCUGGCUCCUCCCAGGCUGUGCAGCAGAAAUGCCCUGUAGUGGUUCCCAACAUCAAGGCCCAGCAGAGCAAGCAGAGCAACCACUGGCCCCUGAGCCAGAAGAAGUGACCGACCCAGCAGCCACCACUGCUCAAGCAAAAGUGCCCUGGAUGUGCCACAAUGCACAAACCCAACCAUGUCAUUACAGUCAGGGAGCUCUUCGUUCCUCACUUUGGGCUGUGCUAGAAACAUUGCUGCAAGCACUGCUGGGAAAAGUGAUUUGUGCUUCGGUGACAGGGAAAGAUUCUUCUUUCCAUCUCCUUUUGCUUGUGGGUUGGAAAAUAAAACUUCAUAGUCUGUGGGAAA